UUCCUUCUGCUUUACGUUAUUUUGCCCUCGCUCUCGCAUACCGAUUUCGCUCAAUUUGAGAAGCAAAACCACAAGUUGGCUCACCCCUCAAACCGUAUCGACCAACGAUCAAGCUGAUUUGCACCGUGACAUAUACUGUGCUUCACUGUUGUUGACAUACGUAAAGAAGAGAAGCGCCUUUAUGGUAGGCAGAUGGUGAAGUGUUGAGAUUAGAGAAAACGAUGCACUUAUGCCCCGCGAAAACGUCAGGAUGCAAAUCCUCUUGCCAAUGCAAGAAGGGGCCGCCUUCGAGUUCGUUCGAGUGACAUCAUUCGAAGGCACAUGCGUAACUCACGAGUUGAUCUAGCUGAAUUAAGCGAAGUACGGAUGUGACAUUGAGUGCACCUGCAUCAUCGUUAAAUUUUACGCGCAAUAGGGCCAGCAACCCUUCAGCAAUGGGUGACAGUUCGUAACUCGGAUCCGUAUCAAAGGUGCGUGCAAAUAUGCGACAGUGAAUCCAAUUACGGAAGUGUUAAAAUGCUGCUUCGACAAGAUCAUGUAUAUGCCUUUUUUGAGGUUAACCUUUUUCUGGACAGUACUUACGCGUAGAGAGGCAUUUUCAUGUGAUGUCCAGCACCGAUGGGCUCCUAUCGCUUUGAUGCCAUACGCUAACCACUAAGCAUGCUGUUCAGAUGUCCAAAGGAUUGAAAUCGUGUAUCCUUCAAUUUUCUUUGUCUAAAUAAAUUGUCUUUGAAGGGAGUGAAAAGUAACCUCGCGGUACGAGAAUUGGUCCAGAACAACCGUAUAAACCAGGUCGUUUAAUACACACGAGGUACGGCUACAUACCCUCUGGACGAUUAUCAAGAUCUUAUAAUUAAAUGGAAAUGAAUGCCCGCGAGCGUCUUUAUGAACAUUCGUGGAAUCGCGGUGGACAUCGAACACAGGAACUAGUGGAGGGAAAAGGUGAAGAAGUGCCUCAGAGGUACAAUAACUGAGAAUGGCCGAUCUCAACCAAAUGGACAAUUACGGAGAGCUCCGUAAGCCCGGCACCCUCGGUAUCGUGUGGACAAGAAGACGCAGAAUCAUUCUUACAAUACUUGUCAUUGGAACGCUACUUGAAAGCUCGUGCUAUGCUCUGAUGGCUCCGUUCUUCCCUGAUGAGGCACAAAGCAAAGGAAACUCUGCGACACAAUUUGGCAUCGUCUUCGGAACCUAUCCAUUUGUUGGGUUUAUUUUCAGUCCUAUUUGUGGAAAACUGUUAUUAAUGAAAGUAAAACCAAAGACGAUGCUCAUCUGCGGAAUGCUAAUCGACGGGAUUUUUCUUAUUAUGAUGGGAAGUCUUCAGUACGUUAAUGAUUCGAAGUGGUUUUUCGCGCUUAGCGUUCUAAUUCGGUUUAUUGAAGCAAUUGGUUCUUUCGCAUCCAUCACAUGCUACUACGCUAUAGCCUCUUCUGAAUUUUCCGAAAAAGUGCACUUUUUCGUCCCAUUAAUUGAGACCAUUUUCGGCCUCGGGAUCAUAACUGGCCCAACGCUUGGAGGAAGCCUCUUCGAUCUUGGUGGAUACACCUUGCCUUUUGCGCUAUUUGGCACCUGCACAAUUCUGUUCGCCUUUAUUACGCUAGCGUUCUUGCCUGAACUAAAAUCGCAAGACAAAACACCCGAAAAAGGCCUCAAAGACCUGUACAUUCCACAGGUGAUUCUGAACUAUUUUAUGGUUGUGGUGUGCUUUAUUCUUAUCAGUUUCAAUGAGGCGACCUUGUCCAUCCAACUGGGAAAGUUUGGCCUAGGCGAGAGUGCGAAAGGAGCCUGUUUUAUCGUGCCUGGGGGCAUUUACGCAAUUUGCAGUAUCACAUGGGGCGCCUUCUGCCGCAGAGUGGCGGAUGGCAGGUAUUUUGUUCUCUUUGGCGGUGUAGUAGCGCUCUUUGGCCUGCUGAUCCUUGGUCCAGUACCGUGGUUAAAUUUCGAAGCUCAACUAUGGAUCGUGCUGGUGGCACAGGCCUUUAUAGGUUUUGGAGACGGUGCGAUAUACGUAUGCAGUUUUAUGCAUACUCUCAUGUUCCUCACCCAAACGCGGGGAUUCGACAAUGACUUCGGCACGUACGCUCUUCUAGCGGGAAUAUUCUCAUCGGCUUUAUCACUUGGUGGCUUUGCGGGACCUAUCAUCGGUGGAAUCCUUCUCGACCUCGAAAGCUACGAGUAUUCAACAGGAUGGAUUGCUUUUAUACUUGCUGUUGGGCUGCUAUUGAUUUUACUGAGCGUAAUCCGAGAUCGCAUCGCUGGUAUCGACCUCCGUGAAGAACAUCUGAAGCCGCCUGCUUCGAAGCCUUCAACUACUCAAAAAGUUGGCGUCGAAGAGGCAAAUUCUGUACCUGCAAUUGCCGGUGCGCCGCCAAAUUACGACAACGGCAGAGACUCUGGACAUGACAAUCCGGCGAUGGAGAUGACACAUCUUUAAAAAGCAUUUAGAUAGAAUGAGGAUCAGCCAAAGCCAUCGUAAGCGUUCCCUCUCCGGAACGACCUCAUUUCUAAGACUUUCAACUCACGAAAAGCUCAUAUAAAACUUCACCAAAUAUUCACUGUAUAGACUUUACCUCGUAACUCAUGUCACGUUAAUUAUUUUUCAUAAUUAGCUGAUACAAUCCCAAUAAGAUGGAACAGCUAGAACGGUAGAGCGUACAUUUCAGCGAGAUUUGCGCAACUCUGCACCCAAGAAAGGUCAAGCUAUUAAGCUGGAGUAGGCUUCAAGCACACGUGUUGGGGGUUGUUCGUCAGUGUGACCUAUACUCAUAUUUUGUUAAAGUCAGCACCGAUGCGCAGAACCUAGAAGGAUAAUGGAGCUAGCGAAGGUUAGAUUAGGCAUUAUUUGUCUGUUUGGCGGCUUAAUUCAAAGUAAGGUAGGGUACACAGGUAAGUACAGAUUCUAGAUGUUUUGUUCGAAGAAAGAACGCCAGUAAAUAUAUUAUCUGUUUGCGUGCGACUCGAUCUUGUUCUAUACUUACAGCUGCUAACACGAUGUCGGUACGGGACAGACGAUUAACCCAUUAGACACUGUUCUGUACCGCAUAAAUAACCGGUUUUAGGAGAGCAAUGACACCGUGCAAAAACGGAGCCAUCUUGACUACACAGACAAAGACCCAGAAUUUUGCAACGGCUAACAUCUUACGUUAUGCUUUAGAAGUAUACUUUAGAAAAACUCUAUGUAUGCACAACGCGAGGCUCGUUACGGUCAUACGAUUCAUAGUUGCAACUUUUUUUUAUCGAAGAGAACACAGAGGGUCAUAUUUCGGCCAAUACAUAUCUUCAACGCAAAAUCAUAUUGUUUCGCAUAUAGCUAUAUAGACAUAUUUGAGCUAGGGCUUUUGUACUACGCUUAAAUAAGGCUAGAAUCGUUCAAGCCGUGAAGAAAACACUAGAAAUUGCUCGAAUAAAAAAUGAUACACUUUAUUUCAACCAAACCCAAACAGUUCGAUAAAUCUCGACGUCUUCUCUUUAUAGUGUACGUCUGGAUAUGUUAGUCUUCUUCAAGUCUAGCUCAAAAUAGCAUUUGGCCUUUAGCUCAAGCAAGAGAUGGAUAUUGUAAAAUAAUAUGCCUUUAUCAGUCUACUGCCAACGAUAACAGUGGUGAUUGUUAUAGUUACUAUUACUUGUGUUAAUUUUUGAGUACAAAUUUUCUUCAAAUUCUAAUAAGCGAUUGCGAUUAUGAAUACUGUUUGUACGGAUUUUUCAAGUUAACCUGUCUACUUUGCAAUGCCGGAAAAAAAAAAAUGUAACGUACAAACUUCAGCCAUAUCGGUGUGCUCAUUGAAUGUAGUACAACUUUGUAAGCAAGUACCGUAUGCCGCAGUAGGGGGCAACGCAUGCUAUAAAUGCUGUCGUCGAUUUCGUCAAUUAUUUGUUUUGCAAUACAUAGCAACUUCUUUGUAGCACUCAUGAACUUUAUCCUAGCAGUAUUACCUAAUGUACUAAGAAGUAGUACCUCAGAACGCCUACGCUCAGAUAUUUUUCCGUAUACGAAAUUCUUGCCCAACCCAUUUGAGCGCCUUCACUAUAUACGAACGGGAAAAUCGAACACUGCUGUCAGUACCCAUUUUCAGCCGAUUUCAGAAACUCAGCUAUCAGUGUAUGUGUAGUUUAGAUUUAAGUAAUGCUGGACCUUGCUGCCUCAAAACGGUUGUAACCAUACUAAAGUAUCGAAGUUUAUAACAAAAAAAUUUAGAAAUUAUCCUUUGGUUGUCCAUAGCAGUUUAUACAAGAAGCUGUAGUAAUCAAUAUUCUCAAUUCUCAAUCAAUCAUCAAUUCUCCUUUUAUAUAGCUGCUUCUAGUUUUAAAAUACGUUUUAUGUAUCUUCUUCUGGAAAUCAGUAGGUACAGUUGACGUGUUGGACCUGGAACGGGGUACAUGAAUCAAGGCUAACCGAACGAAAGCUCCCGUCGAUGCUCCUUAUCUGAGCACAGUAUUCCGCUGUUACAGCUGAUAAACGAUUUGGACGAAUGCGGUUAUCAGAUACUUCCUGCAAUAGAACUUUCGGGUAUCCUCCCUCGAUAUCUUAUCCACAAAUCAGAAUUUCAUAGUGAUUGGUAGGGGCUGUGAAUAUUUCUGACACAUCACCAGUUUGUUUCUAAUCUACUAUAAAACGACAUACGUCGGCUAAACUUGAUGGUACAGGUGGAAGCAUAUUUACUUCACAGUUUUACGAUACUUGUGUAUUUUUUAAGACUGUCUUUGUUAGAAGUGUAUCCUUCGUCCACCGAUCGUCUCAAAUUUAUAUGUAUCACAAAUGGAACAAGUAUAUAGCUUGAGGUUAGCGCAUGCAGAGGUCCAGGAAGUGCAGGCCGCAUUUGUGGACCUGUGCCGCUAAUAUACGACGGGUUUUUGAAAUACUGCUAUUAUUAAUGGACCUUUUGGUUUUUGAGGGCCAGUUCUUUCUUCUAUAUACAUGAAUUUGAGCACAUUUAAAAAAAUAUAUAUUUAAUCAUAGCCGAAUAGCGAAACAGAGUAGGCGUACGAGUUCUUAUCUGUUGUUGAUUAGCUUUUGUCGGCUGAUCAUUGGAACACUGAAAAAAAAUGGCCGCAGGAAUUUUCUGUUAAAUUGCUUGCCUAUUAAUGAAUAUUUGCUUGUUUGUUUAAUAAACAGUUUUUGACUAAAAUCAGGCCGGCAGCAUAAGAUUGUCUCGCAAGUAUUAGCACCGUCGACCCGUUAUCGCUGGAACAAUGAACGCAAGUAGAGAAUCGCUAAGAUAAUCUUUAAUUUUUCUUCAUUCGCUCAGUGUAUCUGUAUAUAAUAUGAAUUUUUAUUUGUACGCUUCUUGCAAGAUCAGUAUGCAGAGCCAGCUAGAAGAGUAACUGGCAAUUUGUGCCAAUCACUAUUGUCAACCCGAGAUUUAUGUUACGGACCUUGUCACCCGAGCAGUAUUAUGAAGAUUUUUUAUAUACUUCAAUUGAUUUGAGAAGACUAACACCUGUAACGACGGGCCUGUAGUUUUACAUGCAUUGGCCAGAUAGCUGUUGGUCACAGUUGUACGCUAUCUCGAUGAUGCUGAAGUUAUAAUUUUAAUAUAGUUAG